GCCUCCGACUCGCGUGUAAAUUCGAAUUGAGGAGCAUUUGACUCCAUUCCUUCGUCACCUGAUCAUCGUCGUCUUCUCCCUUUUCCUCCAAUCAAACCCCCAAAUUAGUCGAUUUCAGUUCCCGAUCCACCUUAAUUUCUAGGGUUUCAUUCCCUUUUUCCUAUUUAUACUCCCACAAUCAUUCGAUCUCAAAAACCCCUGAUUACACAUAUGCCAUGUAUAGCAAUUUCAAAGAACAAGCAAUAGAGUACGUGAAGCAAGCUGUACAAGAGGACAAUGCUGGAAAUUACGCAAAAGCUUUUCCCUUGUACAUGAACGCUUUGGAGUACUUCAAGACUCACUUAAAGUACGAAAAAAACCCUAAGAUUCGUGAAGCGAUUACGCAGAAAUUCACCGAGUAUUUGCGUCGCGCGGAGGAGAUUAGGGCUGUUCUGGAUGAAGGUGGUACAGGCCCGGCGGCUAGCGGAGGUGAUGCGGCGGUGGCGGCACGGCCAAAGACGAAACCCAAGGAUGGGGAAGGGGGAGGUGGAGAUGGGGAAGAUCCUGAGCAGUCAAAGCUUAGGGCUGGAUUGAACUCUGCGAUUGUUCGGGAGAAACCUAAUGUUAAGUGGAAUGAUGUUGCUGGACUUGAGAGUGCUAAGCAGGCUUUACAAGAAGCGGUUAUUCUACCGGUGAAGUUUCCUCAGUUUUUUACUGGUAAAAGGAGACCUUGGAGAGCUUUUCUUUUAUAUGGUCCACCUGGCACAGGAAAGUCAUACUUAGCAAAAGCUGUUGCAACUGAAGCAGACUCUACAUUUUUCAGUGUAUCUUCUUCAGAUCUUGUUUCAAAAUGGAUGGGUGAAAGUGAAAAACUAGUCUCAAAUCUUUUCCAAAUGGCACGUGAAAGUGCUCCUUCCAUCAUUUUCAUUGAUGAAAUUGACUCCUUAAGUGGUCAACGUGGUGAGGGCAAUGAAAGUGAAGCUUCAAGACGUAUCAAAACCGAAAUUCUUGUUCAAAUGCAGGGUGUAGGACACAAUGAUGAUAAAGUCCUAGUUCUCGCAGCCACAAACACACCCUACUCUCUCGAUCAGGCUAUAAGGAGGCGAUUUGAUAAGCGUAUAUACAUUCCACUCCCAGAUAUGAAAGCAAGACAGCACAUGUUCAAAGUGCAUUUAGGGGAUACGCCUAAUAACUUAACUGAUAGUGACUUUGAAGCUUUGGGUCGUAAGACUGAAGGGUUUUCUGGUUCUGAUAUUGCUGUUUGUGUUAAGGAUGUUUUAUUUGAACCGGUUCGUAAAACGCAAGACGCCAUGUUUUUCGUUAACACAAACGACGGCUUGUGGGUCCCAUGUGGACCUAAACAACCCGGGGCUGUCCAGAUCACCAUGCAAGAGCUUGCAGCAAAAGGGCUCGCUUCAAAGAUUAGUCCGCCACCAAUCAUACGGGCGGAUUUUGACAAGGUUUUGGUGAGGCAGAGGCCAACUGUGAGUAAAAGUGAUCUUGAGCUUCAUGAGCGAUUCACAAAAGAAUUUGGGGAAGAAGGUUAAUGAACAGUGACUCAGUGAGUUGAGUUGGGUUGAACUCAUUUAUGUCAAAUGUAUUUGAAAUACUUGGUGUUGGAUUUUAUACAAGUUUGAGCAUGUUCAAGCUUUUCUUCUGAACCAACAAGGAUAUAUUAUGUUUUUCCUUCUGAACCAAUUUGAAAAUCGAAGUGUGAUUAACUAUUUA